AUGAACUACUCAUGUGUCGAAUUGAACGAUUUACCGGAUGAAAUUCUUCUAAUUAUUUUCAAAAAACUGGACAAUCUUGAAGUACUUUAUUCUUUUCAAGGAGUCAAUGAACGAUUGAAUAAAAUUAUAUAUGAUCCAAUAUUUACAAGUCGUUUAAGCUUUCUCAAAUGGUCAUUCAAUAAAUGUAUCAAUAAAUUAUCUUCUCAUAUAAUACUUAAUCGAUUUUGUUUACAAAUUUUACCUAAAAUUCAUACGAAAAUCAAAUGGCUGGAUCUUGAAUCUGAAUCUAUGAAAAAUAUUUUAGAUGCUGCUGAUUAUCCCCAUUUAUAUGCACUCGGCCUACAUAAUAUCGAAGAAACGACAGCUAUAUGUCUUUUUACAGGUAAGGAAAUCUGA